UUACAGAUAAUAAUUUUGUUAGAUCUUUUUAUAGUUAAUAGUUGGAGUAAGUUGUUUAAAUUUAAUAUGUUGGUUGAUCAGCGUCGCAUUUCACGUUGGUAUUUCGGUGGUGUGGCCAGCUCAAUGGCAACGAUGGUUACGCAUCCGUUGGAUUUGCUGAAGGUAUUGAUCCAGACGCAGAAGGAGAAAUUAUCUAUUGUGGGAACGACCCGGAAAAUUGUACGUGAACAGGGCGUGUGGGCAAUGUAUAAUGGUAUCUCAGCCUCUCUACUGCGUCAAUACACUUACACGUUAUCCCGUUUUGGUCUCUAUACUGCUGGUGCCCGUAUGAUAGACACCAGCUCGAUGACGAACAAAGUCCUGCUGGCCGCGUUUGGCGGCGCCGCUGGGGGAUUUAUCGGUGCUCCGGCGGAUUUGCUAAACGUGCGUCUGCAGAACGACGUAAAGCUGCCCCAAGAGAAACGAAGAAACUACAAGCACGCCUUCGACGGACUUGUGCGAGUCUGUCGCGAAGAGGGUUGCACACAUCUAUUUAAUGGCGCCUCUAUUGCUGCGACGCGUGGUGCUUUUAUGACCGUUGGCCAAAUUGCCUUCUAUGAGGAGACCAAGGACCUUCUUGUCGCCGCAGGUUUUCCUAGUCGAACGGACACGUACAUCUUCGCAUCGAUAAUAUCGGCGAUUGCGGCAACAGCGCUCACCCAGCCCAUCGAUGUGGCCAAGACGCGGCGCAUGAAUGCACGUCCUGGUGAAUACGCAAGCAUGGCAGAUGUGUUCUACAAGACGGCCCUGGAGGGACCAAUGGCAUUUUUCAAGGGCUCGAUUCCGGCGUUUGCACGUCUGGGUCCGCACACGGUAUUGCUGUUUAUAACGCUCGAGUUUUUACGUACGCGUUUUGGCUAUUUAGCUGACAGUGCAUAGCAUUAGUGUCACAGAAUGCACUUGCUUAGCUCUCAAACUUGGACUUGCUAUAUAAAUUAUAUUGUGGCAUGCUGACUAAAAUUUUGACAGUAACGCUUCGCAAAACCAAAUAACACAUUUUAAUAUCGAAAUAAGGUAAAUAAUAAAUUGUGAAAAU